AUGUAUAACAAACAAGAAUAUGCUGUAGUUUCACAAACUUCGUCUUCGGAUACAACUAACAAAUAUUGUAAUAUUCAAUAUCCAGGAAGAAAAACCACAUUUUCUGGAAUACUUGUAUUUGGACUACAAAUAUAUGAAAAGAUAACUAAAACUAUACUAAAGAAAAAUUAUCCAUGA